UGUUGCAAAUCCUGCAUGAUUACCUCUGGCGUCGCGGCUGAAUCUACAAUGCUAGAUUCUCUGCGUUCGUUGAGCCACCCCAAGGUAACCCUACAAGCCUAACGGGCCAACGGCUCAUCCGAGGAAGUGCCUUAAAAUUAGAGCUGAAUAGAUCCACAGUUCAGCACCGACCAGUUUUAUGACCAUGAGAUUGGCAUCGAUCGAUCAUAAUCGACAAUCGGUCAACCUAGUAACGUGAAAAGCACCUUUCGUCGAGGCUCCAAAAUCUCGCAAAGCGAAAGGCAAAAAGAGAGAGAGACUACUUAGGAGUCUUGGGAGAAGGAGAAAGGAAACCUCCUCAGCGCAGCAAAGAAGAACUUGUCUACUCCCAUCUGGUUUGUUUGUUCGUUAAAACUUUAGUAACUCUCCAAUGGCUCUCGAUGAAAUUGAUUUAGUUUCGUGGAGACGCCUUUUCCAUUAAAGGAUUUCUGAAUCUUUCCCUUCCCUUUUAUUUUUUUGAAUUUAUUUGGAUUCGAUCUUUUGCUUUUGCUUCGGCUGCUGCUUCUGUUGAUGUAUCUGGCUAUCUUUGGAGACGAGGAAGAUCGAUAUUCCGAGUUACCCACCUGGUUUCUCGGUGUUUUGAUGAUAUUAUCUCUGCUAUUUCCACAGAAAGCUUUCUCCUAUUGUCUCCCCAGAGACCGAUGGGAUAAAGAGUUCGCUAUCUUGCAGGCCGGUUAACUGGAAUUCUUUUUUCUAAAAUCUAUUGUCUCUGAGGAGAUCAGGUUUAUUUGAUUCUGUUGUGUGCGUCAGUAUAGAGAGAGGGUUGAGAUGGGUUCUUCUCAAGGUUCGGCUUUGACGGGGAAUGUGGCAGAGUUCGUUGAUGGCUCCUCUGCUCGUGGAGAGGUUUUCUUUCUUGAUUGUUUGCCUGUUUAUGUUAAGGAGUUAAUUGCUGGAGGUGCUGCUGGUGCUUUUGCAAAGACUGCUGUUGCUCCUUUGGAGCGGAUCAAGAUUCUCUUGCAGACAAGAACUGAAGGGUUUCAUUCUCUCGGUGUCUACCAAUCCCUAAAGAAGUUACUGAAGCAAGAAGGUGUUUUAGGAUUUUAUAAAGGAAAUGGUGCUAGCAUUCUUCGGAUUGUCCCAUAUGCUGCUCUUCAUUUCAUGACAUAUGAGCAAUAUCGAUGUUGGAUAUUGAACAACUAUUCUGCUCUUGGAACUGGCCCUUUUAUAGAUCUAUUGGCUGGUUCAGCAGCUGGAGGGACAGCAGUAUUGUGCACUUAUCCCUUGGACUUGGUUCGAACGAAACUUGCUUACCAGGUCACAGACACCAGAGGAAGUAUCAGUAAUGUUGGGAAUACUUACCAUAUUCAGCCUGCAUAUCGUGGUAUAAAAGAUGUUUUCAGGAGUGUUUACAAGGAAGGUGGAGUGUGUGCUUUAUAUCGGGGUGUGGGUCCAACACUUAUUGGUAUCCUCCCUUAUGCUGGCCUGAAGUUCUACAUAUACGAGGUGCUGAAGAAGCAUGCCCCUGAAGAACACCAAAAAUCUAUUGUAAUGCGUCUCUCCUGCGGAGCUUUAGCUGGGCUUUUUGGACAGACCUUCACAUACCCACUAGACGUAGUUAGGAGACAGAUGCAGGUCCAAGGCCUGCGACCAUCCAUCCAACAAGGAGAUCCUGGAUACAAAAGCACAAUGGAAGGGCUUACUACCAUCAUCAAGAAUCAAGGAUGGAGGCAAUUGUUUGCUGGUCUAAGCAUUAAUUAUUUGAAAAUUGUUCCUUCUGUGGCCAUCGGUUUCACAGCAUACGAUGUGAUGAAGACUUGGUUACGUGUUCCACCGCGUCAGAAAUCUCAAUCUAUAUCAACUUGAUGGAGUUAAUGGAUAUUGUUGAAAUAUACCAUCACAGAAUUUGUUUGACACUUCAUUGCAUGAUGUGUGAGCCUUGUCCAGCGGGGGAUCCACUUUAAGUACUUUGACUUUUGGUCGUCAAUGCUGAUGAUGAUCGACAAUGAGGAGAUGAAUUUCACUGUUCAAGGACUUGAAGGAGGGCCAAUUUAGUUUCAGGGCACCAGAGUGUUGAAUGUCAUCCUUGGAAUUUAAGUGACCUCAAAACCCUGACAUAAAAUUAAUCAGUAGAUGAUCAGGCAAAUAUCGAUUCCUCUGUAAUCGUGGAUCUUUAGAUGCUUACUACAUGAUAUGCAGUGGAUUUAAAUUCACUAUCUCUAGACUUGUGGGCUAAUAAGCUUUGGCUAAUCAUCUGUUUUUUCAUGAUUCAAAACGUUGAAAAGUAUGAACAAUUAGUUUCCAAUGACAGGUUACUUGAUGGGUUUAAGACUA